GUCAUGGCAGACUUCCCGUCCAAAGUUACCACAGAGACCAGCGUCCCUAACUCCCAGAACUCCCACGGUGGGAACAGCAUCCGAGGGCUGCCUGGAAGCAUAUCCUCCAUGGUGGACUUUUCAUUUAUCCGAAGCAUCCCAGCUAUGCUGAUGAUCGCUGAAAUUGUUUUUGGGCUGCUCCACUGGGCGCUGAUAGCAGGCACCUCUAUAGUGGGAGGAGCGUAUGGCUGGGUAUUGUUUGUCGCCAUCACUCUGUGGAUCCUCACCACCGUCCUCUUCUUCGUCAUCCUGUUUGGUGUCACGCAAAAAUUGCCCGCCGUCCCAUGGCCCCUGACGGUGAUGGUGUAUUUUAGCGCAGCCACAGUCCUCUAUCUCACUGCUUUCAUCACCAAUGCAGCUUAUGUGCCCCACCACAUACACUUUUACUAUGGACAUUUGGCAGCUGCUGCAUUCUUUGGUGCUGCGGUGACCUUGGUGUACGGGGCCAGUGCUUUCUUCUCCUACUUGGACUGGAAGGGGGACGGAGGAAACGCUGCCACCAACACAGUGCCGACUUAGGGCUGUGCAGCCAGCGGUGCUACUCCCAGGAACAAAGCUCACAAAACUCAAAUCCUGACUGAGGCAAACCCUGAUAUUAACCAUAAGAUGAAAUCUGUUCCAGGUGGUUGUUUAAUGUUUUGGCCAUCCCAGUAAUACAGUAAAUAUACUGUACUACUACUACUGCUACUACGAAAUGUAAUCCUAGAUUGCAUUAAAAAUACACUUGAAUCAUUAUGUACAUAAAGUUAUAAAUUUCAGUAAUAAUUGAACAAAAUCUGAAAAUGUGAGUAGCAUUAAAAGAAAAAUAAGCACAGGCUGCAUGUGCUAACUACAGUGGAGGGUUAUUUGGUUAGUCUGAGAUCACCAGUGGAAAAAGCUGUUAGCUAAGGGAGGACUGCAGAUCUCAACCUCCAGCUUUGGACGUUAGGCAGUUCUCAUAAGUACUGUCUG